GGGACCCUGAGGGACCCGGGGGUUACCGGAAGGGAUGGAGGGGCUUUGGAGCGUCUGAGAGGCCCUCCUGAGCCCCCUCCCCACCAUGUUCCUGCUGCCCUGCUCUGCCCUCGCCCUCCUCCUCCUCACCUGCCUGGCUCUGGAGCCGGCCCCGCGCCGCCCCCCGCCCUCCAACCCCGCGUUCCGCGGCUUCCAGCGGCGCUUCCUGCUGGGCUACCUGCCGGCGCUGGCCGCCGACUGGCUGCAGGGCCCGCUGCUCUUCCAGCUGCUGCACAGCCGCGGCUUCCUGCGCAGCCAGAUCGCCGCCCUCUACUCGUGCGGCUUCGCCUCCAACGUCGCCUUCGGCCUCGUCUCGGGGCUUUUCGUGGAUCGGCUGGGCCGGAAGAAGUCCUGUGUGCUGUCGUCGGGGCUGUGCUCCGUGUCCUGCCUGCUGCAGCUCUCGCACGAUUUCCUGGCCCUGGCGGCCGCCCGGGUCCUGGCGGGGCUCGGCACCUCGCUGCUCUUCUCGGCCUUUGAGUGCUGGUACCUCCACGAGCACCUGGAGCGCCACGACUUCCCUGCCGAGUGGAUUCCCGACACCUUCUCGCGCGUGGCGCUCUGGAACAGCGGCCUGGCCGUGGCAGCCGGCCUGCUGGCCUGGCUGCUGGCCGAGGUGCUGCCGCUGGGCCCCGCAGCCCCGUUCCUGGCGGCGCUGCCCUUCCUGGCCCUCUCGGGGAUCUUCGCUGGCAAAAACUGGGAUGAGAACUACGGCAAGAGCCGGCCCUGCGGGAAGGCCUGCGGGGAAGGCCUUCGGGGCCUCGUGUCCGAGCCCCGGGCGCUGCUCCUGGGGCUGGUGCAGGCCCUGGUGGAGAGCAUCCUGCUCAUCUUCGCCUUCCUUUGGACGCCCGUGCUGGAGGCGCACGGGAUCCCGCUAGGAAUCGCCUUCUCGGCGUUCACGGCCGCCAGCGCCGCGGGCUCGGCGCUGUUCCGGCGCGGCGCCACCGGGAGGCUCCGGCUGCAGCCGCUGCGGCUCCUGCCCGGCUCCGUGCUGCUGCUGGCGCUGGCCCUCGUGCUGCUGGCCCUGCCGCUGGACGCCCCCGGCGACUUCCUCGCCGUGCUGCUGCUGCAGCUCUCCUGCGGGAUCUACUUCCCGGCCAUGGCGUUCCUGCGGCGCCGGCUGGAGCGCGGCGGGGACGCGGCGGGAGGGGCGCGGUGGCUGCGGCUGCCGCUGGGCCUGGCGGUGGCGCUGGCGCUGCCGGCGCUGCCCGGGGACCCCGCGGGGACGCGCGCCGUGCUCGGGGCCGCCGCCCUGGCGGCGCUGGUGGCGCUGGCGGCGGCCGGGGGGGUCCUGGGCACCAGCCGUGGGGACGAGGGGCUGAGGGUGGGGGACGAGGGGCUGCUCGAGGGGGACACCGGGGAGUGACAGGCGCACCGGGACAGGGACACUGGGACAGCUCAGCAGCGACACCUGGCUCUGGUGGGGACACUGGGACAGUUUGAGGGGGUCACCAAGGUGUGACAGGAACACUGGGCUGUGACAGAGACAGGGACACUGGGACAGCUCGAUGGGGAUAGGGACGCUGGGACACCUCGAUGGGGACACUGGAAUGGGACAGGGACACUGCGACAGCUCCAGGGGCAUAACAGGGUGGGACAGGGACAUAGGGGUGUAAUGCUGGGGUGUGACAGGGACAGCAGGACAGCUCAGUGGGGACACCAAGGUGUGACAGGGACACCGAGAUAUGAGAAGGGCAGAGACACUGGGAUGUGACAGUGACAGGAGCACCGGGACAGCUCAAUGGGGACACCAGGGACACAGGGACAGCUUGAUGGAGCACUGGGAUUUUACGGGGGCAAGGACAGUAGCACCUGUCUGGGACAGGAACAUUGGGGCAGCUCAACAGGGACACCAGAAUGUGACAGGGUCAGGGACACAGGGCAAGCCCAUGGGGUCAUCAGGCAGUGAUGCGGUCACAGUGUGACCCCUGUGCUGAGCUGUGAGUGACAGAAACACCCCAUGGGGACACUGAGCGGUGAGGGGUCACAGUGUCACCCCACAGUGGACUGUGGGUGGCUGGGACACUCCUUGAGGACACUGAACUGCAGUGGGUCACAGUGCCACCCCAUGAUGGACUUUGGGUGACAGUGACACUGGGACACCCCGAUCAUGACAAGGAACUGUGACAGGUCACGGUGUCACCCCCAUGGCUGAGCUGUGGGUGACAGUGACACUGGCACACCCCACUGGUGAUAUUAAGCUGUGACAGGUCACAGUGUCACCUCCAUAAUGAAAUGUAGGUGACAGUGACACUGGGACACCCCGAUGGUGACACAGCUCUGCUGGUGACCCAUUACCAGUGCCAUCCCAACAAGCUCUGGGUGGCAACAUGGGGACAGCCCGAGGUGACACUGAGCUGGGACAGAUCACGGUGUCACCCCCAUAACGAGGGGAUGGGGACACUGGUGCACCCCCAGGUAACCCCUGGGCUGUGACAGUCACAGUGCCACCUCCCCCACAGCACAGCAGAGGGGACAUGGGGACACCAGACCAGCUGUGGCCUGUGACCAGCCCCGUGUGCUGGCAUGGGGGUGGGGGUGUAUUAAUAACUUAAUUAAUUUCUAAUAAACCCACCCAGCAGAA